GGCGCGGCCGCGGCAGUCGCAGCGGGGCCAUCUUCGGCGGGCGAGCGGGCUCGGCCUGUGCAGCCCGUACUUGGGCCCCUCGCCCAGCCCGAUGGCGCCGCGGCCGCUGGGCCCCUUGGUGCUGGCGCUGGGCGGCGCCGCGGCGGUUCUGGGCUCGGUGCUCUUCAUCCUCUGGAAGACCUACUUCGGCCGCGGCCGGGAGCGGCGCUGGGACCGCGGCGAGGCCUGGUGGGGCGCGGAAGCCGCCCGCCUCCCCGAGUGGGACGAGUGGGAUCCCGAGGACGAGGAGGACGAGGAGCCGGCGCUGGAGGAGCUGGAACAGCGCGAGGUGCUGGUGUUGGGUCUGGAUGGCGCGGGCAAGAGCACGUUCCUGCGCGUGCUGUCGGGGAAGCCACCGCUGGAAGGCCACAUCCCCACCUGGGGCUUCAACUCCGUGCGUCUGCCCACCAAGGACUUUGAGGUGGACCUGCUGGAAAGACCUCAGCGAGGCCAUGAGUAUGGUGGAGCUGCAGCGGGAGCUGGGCCUCCAGGCUGUCGACAACCAGCGGGAGGUUUUCCUCUUGGCAGCCAGCAUUGCCCCUGCGGGACCCAGCUUCGAAGAGCCUGGCACUGUUCACAUCUGGAAACUGCUCUUGGAGCUUCUCUCCUAGGCUGGAGCUCUCCUGCUCACCACCUGCCUGUCAAGACCACAGUUGUACUGCUGCUGCUUCAUUGCCAGACUGGGCCUGGGGCAAGAGCCACAUGGCAGCAUUUCUCUUCUGCCCUCCUUUCCCUCUCAAGAGCAGGGCCUGGGCAAGGCCGAGAACCAUGCAGAAGCUUUCCUGGUGAGGUGGCCGUGAAGCCGGAGCAGGGAGGUGGGUGAGACAGAGGGUGUCUAGCUCAUUCCAGGCUGGAAUGUGGAUCCAGCUUUCCCUUCUCUUACCUGUACAGUGAGAUGCUCAGUGGGCUCAGUUCUCCGCUGCGGGUCCCGGUAGCUGAGGAACCAGUGUAGGUGUCAGAAAUGCUCCUAGAGCCUCAAGGUCUCUCCCAGUCUAGACUGUUCCCUCCUGGUGACAUCAUGCCUUUGUCACGUGGGCAGCUUCUGAGUGGUAACACAGCAAGCCUUUGUUCCCAGUCCUGCAUUGUACAGCCCCAGCUCCACCUAAAUGACUUGUGGCCUUGUGCAAUCUCUGCCUCUCUGGCCCCAGGGCCAUUAUUUUUAAAGGGAGGUGGUUUCCCAAUUCGGAGAUGCCUUUCCCAGCCAUGGGAGUACGAAGUGCUAGGAUGAACCUGGCAAUCCUAGCAAGGAGCUUUCUGAAGACCUCCCUGCUUUUCCCUGAGCCCAGGCCUGGCCUGCCAGCCUCUUUUGACUACAGAAUAACAUAUUCACCCACCAAACAGAAAAAGUGAAGGCUGGGUUUUUUUCCCUCUAAUCUGGAGACAAGCUGCUGCUCUUGUACUAACUGUGCCAAUGCCCAUGUUUACAUAAGUCAGGGGAAGGAAGGAGCCUGUGUCCCUGGGACGACAGUCAACUGGAGCUAGGUGUUGACCUCAGAACUGCAGUUUAUUAAUUUAUAAGAGGAACAGGCCAGAGUUCUAGGCUCUGUUUCUAGGUGCUGUUAUCAAAACCCCAGAUGAUAGUGAUAGAAAAUUUGGAACUUAGGAAAAUAGCUGGAAUCAUGACUGACAAUGAGAUGACAUACAGAUGUCAAUGGAGACAACGCUGUAGGUUCCUCCUCCCACCAGGCUUUGAGGCUGUCUUCGAUGUCAUAGUACUUUACAUGGAUUCACGUGAACUGAAACUCCACCACUUGGCCCAGGAUGUUGAAAGGGUGCAAAUUCCUUCUGGGUAGAUAAGAAAUGGCUCUGGGAGAGGAUUUCCCUUAUGUGAAUCUAGGUAAAAAGAUGGAAAAAAAUUGUAUUAUGUGAUCCUAAGGACAGGAAUAGCAGACCAGCCAACGGGGUGGCCUUGGGUACAUCACUCAGCCUUUCCAGGCCCAAUUUUUCCCCAGUGAAAGGCGAGUUGGACUGAGUUUCUGGAUUUCUCGUCAGUGCACACUCCAUGGUUCUCCAGUGCUUGGCGAUCAGCCCAGUGUAAGGACUGGCUCUGUACUGACAUUUAUUGUUAGUACAGGCAAAGAGGAGCCUGUUGUCUGUUAGGGACCACUAAAUCAACAACCACAAAGGGAUUUUUUUUUUUUUUUAAGAGGAGCUGUGCACCUCAAUUUGCUGUCUAGUUGAGAAUAGAGAUUGUGUGCCUUCAUUUCAUUUGACAUUUACCCAGCAUGCCUCAGUUCCACACUGUGACCAGUGCAAGAAGAGGAACUGUGAUAAAAACAGUUCAACAGGCCGCAAGGAGGGUGGGAAAUUCUGAAGUCCAGAAGCGAGUGCGAUCUUUGGAAUAGUGGCUGCUGUGCCCUUGAGCGCCAUGUAAAGAAUCACUGUUCUUUAAAGUGCUGGUUCACUUUCUGCAGUAAGAAGUGGUUUAUGUGCUCCUAUGUAAAAUUGUAAGGAAGGACUUGGGUUUUAGAGUAGCCUUUGAAACUUUGCUGGCAGCUUUUCAUUUUGUCAUUGGAAGGGUAAGAGACUUUUCUCCUUUGUUCUAUGAACUCCUUGUUCUUCAGUGCUUGAAGGUGUUAACAAAAAAAACCUUAGACAACUUUAACAGAGUUUAAAAACUAUGUUCUGGUUUCGAGCAGAAAAAAGAUUCAUGAACUGGGUAGUACUUAGCACCAAAAGCAGUUCAGAAUGCUCAGCCCCACAGUGUGUGUAGGCUACAUUUAUAGCCAGAAAAACGAAAAUAACUCAGAUUGCCUGAUUGGCUGCAGUCUGGUAUUUGUCUUAUUUGAACAUGUUUUAGCAGCCUUCAGCUGAUGAUUGACUGAAGGUUUGGCUGCUGUGAUUGGCUAAAAUUCAGCUACAUGUUAGAAGAACAUACUUUUAGGUUAGGUGAUGAGUUGUUUACACUUUAAGUUAUAAUUCACUGUGUACAGAGGCAGCUGUAGGCCAGACUUAAUUCAGCUUCACAAUGUCCCCCAUUUUGCUCAGUCCCUUAAUUUUGAGAGACUGACCAAAAUCCCAGGCACUGACACUACCUUGUCACUAUUUGACCUCAUUAUGGAACUCACAGUUUACAAUGUUAAAUCAGUUAGAGGAUUCUUUAUGUCUUCAGGUUUUUGUUCCUCUAACCUUAAUGAGACCAUUUGAGGUACAAAGGAUGACUGCACUGGUGGAUUUACGACUACAACACAUCAGUGAGGACCUUAGGAUGGCUAUUGGGGGCAUAAUACCAAGAAACUGGAAUGCAUUCCUAAAUAUGAGUCUCUACAAACCAAACCGAUCGGAAUCAAACAACCCAAGGUCACAGUCGCAACGAUAAAAAAUAGUUCAACAGCAUUCAAGCUCUGUGGCUCAUAGCCUGUUCAGGGUAUAACGGCAAUUAAAGACAUAGUUCACUAUGAAGUCACUUAAUUUUAAAGUUUUUGAUUUUUUAGUUAGCUUGGGAACAAAAGUCAUGGUGAUUGGGAUACCCACUAAAGAUAAAGAUUAGAAAACCUUAGCGGCUGAGCUUGCUGUCUACUAUUCAGGAUGCCUGCAAACCGACCACUAGCUGUUCCUGCAAGCACAUCAUGUGUUCCUUUUCCCUGAGAAACAUCCUUGAUGUGUUUGGUGGCAGUACCUACAGCAGCGGCAGCCACCACCGCCUUUUUAAGCUCUCCAUAGUAGUAGAAUCGGGAAAGAUAAGCACAGCGUUCGGUUUUGUUCAGCACCACACACAAGCUUCUAGCUGGGCAAAGGGCGUCUAAAGCUGCAUGACGUUCCAUUAAGUGUUUUUGUUGAACCCAGAUGGCCUCCUCCAUUCAUCCAUCUGUGGCUUCUCCCCGUGUGAAUCUCCAUGCUACAAAAUGUUGUUCAAUGUAGCAUUAACUUUAAUUUCCAUACAGUUGGCACCCCACUGCCAUGGAAAGUGAGUCCCAGGAACCCCACUGGAACAUCUGCUCGGUGGAAACUUACUCAUCAUCUGUCUCAAGGCCGGUAUUCAUUUUAGUCUUUGACCUCUGAUUAUGGGGCCUUUCAGGGAAAGCUGUUUGCAAGGCGAGUGUGAAUCAGGCGAAAGAGCAAGAUCUGAAGUCAGGACAGGGUAAGCAAAUUAUCCACAGACCUAAUAGGUACCCUCUGAAGCUGGAAAGUGGGGGCCACCUGGUAGCAUUUGAGCAGGGGUCCCUUACGUUCCACCAUAAGUCUGCACAGCUCCUAAACAAGCUCCAGUGGGGAACUUGAUUUUAUGUGGUCCCUUUAUAGCAUGCUGUAAGGGUGCAUAACCACAGCCAGGGCGAAGGGACCCUACUGGAUUCAACCCAGUGACAUUAUAUAAGCAGUCGCUUGGAGCCACAUAGAUAGUUCCCAGGUCCUGAAUAUGUGACGCCUGAAAGCAUAGGUGUAGGCAGUAUUCCUUGCAUAGGCAUUACCUGGACAGGUUUUCCAUAUUGGCACUUACUAGUUAUUAAUUGAAAAGGUCAGGGUACCACUUCCAGUGAGCGUAGGGAAGGAAGUAGUGGUGUUUAGAAUAUCAAGGUUAGCUGCCGGGCGCGGUGGCUCACGCCUGUAAUCCCAGCACUUUGGAAGGCCGAGGCAGGCGGAUUACGACGUCAGGAGAUUGAGACCAUCCUGGUUAACAUGGUGAAACCCCGUCUCUACUAAAAAAUACAAAAAAUUAGCCAGGCGUGGUGGGACACGCCUGUAAUCCCAGCUACUCGGGAGGCUGAGGCAGGAGAAUCUCUUAAACCCGGGAGGCGGAGGUUGCAGUGAGCCCAGAUCGUACCACUGCACUCCAGCCUGGGAGACAGAGUGAAACUCUGUCUCAAAAAAAAAAAAAAAAAGGUUAGCAUUCUACUCUUCCUUUGGGGUCUGGGGUUUCGGGGUGACUCAUUGGGAACGUGGAGAGAUUAAUGGAAUCUCUGGCAUUCCAUUAAUGGAAUCGUUUCCUGAUUUUGACAUUAACUCAGACCCAGCAGUUACUCUAGUUUCUUGCUAGAGCAUUAGCUUUUGCUAAAGCCAGCCCCAGAUUAUGGUCCCAUGGAUUUUCCUAUAAAGAAAGGGAAAGGAUUUGGGGGCAGAAAGUAGGAAAUAGAGGGAAAAAGAUAAGAUUUUUGUGAUUGCAGUGAAGUCUUCAUCCACAAUCUCGGGAAAGCUGUUCGUGUCUAGGAUGCCAUCUGCUUCUGGGGGAAAACUGCCCUGGGUAGCUUUACCUUCAAGUCUCCAACAGGUGUGUAGCUCCAGGAGUCUGGAGAGGCCCUUUUGAGCUGUGAGAUGUGGACCCACGGUUCGAAGCCCUGAAGUUUUGCCACGCUGUGGGAAAUAGAAGAACUUGGUAUCGCCUCUUUCUGUGAGGUUUAAGGGCACUUUUUCUCUGAUAUCAUCUCCAGAAGACCCAGUCUCAGGUUACAGAUUGUGAAGGGUUUGAUGGUCCUCUGUGGGCCACAGAAAGUUUAUUUUGUCAAAAUACAGUGUGACAUAAUGCGUUAUAGCUUUGUCGUAUUUAGUCAUAUGAGCAUUUAGGAGAGGAGGAACUACGUGAAGUUCUGUUAGGAGCACAGGCUUUCUAGUAACUAUUUCAUGGGGGUCAAUCUGUCUGUCGUGGAUCUGAUCCGCGGACCAAAGGCGAUGGUUGACUUUCUUCUUCAGAGAUCAGAAAAAUAAAAAUGAAAUUCGAAGCCAGUGGUAGUACCUUUGGUCAAGAUAAUCCAAUCAAUUCAGUUAAUUUUGCCAGUUUUAGUUUUAAAAUAUUGUGUGUCCUUUUAGCCUUUCCAGAAGACUGACGGUAAAAGGGAUGAUGGUAGUGCCGCUGUGUUUCUAACACUUUAUUUAGCUGCUUCAUAGUUUGUCCAAUAAAAUAAGUUCCUCUGUCACUGGAGAUUUUUCCAGAGAUGCCCCAUAAAGGAAACAUAUUUUCUUGUAACUCCUUAGCUGCUGUCAUGUCACAGCACCAGCUCUCCUACACGGGACGGCUUCUGUCCAACCAGAACACAUGCCAGCUAUUACGAGAACAUACUGAUACUUAAUCGAGGGCGGCAGUUGAAUGAGGGCCGUCUGUAAACGUUCCAGUGGUCCAUCAGGUGGCGGUGGAAAUAAACCGCUUGGAGUUUUUAUUAUCUUCCCAGGAUUAUGGGUUUGACAAACCAAAUAUUGGUUAUAACCCAUUUUAGCAUUUUAGAGGAGUCACACUAUCAAUAUUUUUUAUAAUUUGGAUCAUUUUGCUCAUUUCAUGAGGAAUUGUGAGGUGCAGAAGGUUUUUUCGUUUUGAGACAGGAUCUCGCUCUGUCACCUAGGCUGGAAUGCAGUGGUGCAAUCGUGGUUCACUACAACCUCCACCUCCAGGGAUCAACAGUCCUCCCACCUCAGUCUCCUGAGUAGCUGGGACUACCGGUGUGCGCCACCAUCCCCAGCUAAAUUUUGUAAUUUUUGUAGAGAGGGUUUUACCCUCUUGCCCAGGCUGGUCUUGAACUCCUGGGCUCAAGCCGUCUGUCCAGCUCAGCUUCCCAAAGUGCUGGGAUUAUAGGGAUGAGCCACCAUGCCUGGCCGAGUGCAAAGCUUUUAACAAUGGAAGUUUCAAGGGCUCAGGAAGGACCAGGGGGCCAUCUAGGCUCUCCGUGAGUUCACACGUAACAUUAUGUUUAUGUCUGUCAGACAACAAUUUUGGCUUUCCGGAUCAGGUGCAUGGCACUGUUAGAUGGGUCAUCAAAAAGGUCAUCAAUCUAGUGGCGUUCAUUCCAAUUGCACAUCCUAACUGUUUCAGCACUAUCUGAUUUAGCAUGAAAAUCUGCCAAGGCAGUCCCUUGAUAUUCAGGUUCAGCUUUCCAUGUAUGGGCUUCAAUCUUGCAAGAAUUUGUUAUUUAUUUUUCUCCUUUACUCAAGAUAGCUUGGAACUUAGAGCAAUUUGUGAUGGCAACAGGAUAGUAGCAAGUUCAUCCACUUGAGUCUGUUUUUAAUGGGGGCUCCACUAGAAGUGAGAACCCCUCUUUGUUGCCAUAACACGCCAAAAUUGUGGACUACUCCAAAGGCAUAUCUGCUCUGUACAUAAGCAUUUACUGAUUUCCCUUGAGCUAUAUGACAAGCUCAAGUGAGAGAAAAACUGGGAAGAGUCUGCUUUUUAUUAACUCAUUUUGGGUUGUAAUGACAUAUCUUGCCAAAGAGUAAUUUCAAAUGAUGUUAGUCUACUUGCUGAAAAAUGCUGGGUUUGACUGGAAUUUAAUAGACUUUCCACAGCACGUGGAACUUGCAAAAAAAAAGUUCAUUCCCUAAAACCAGGUCAGAUGAACCCUUUACCAAUCUGGUGUUGCUGCCACUGCCUUUAAGCAAUUAGGACAUGCCUUAGCUAUGGGGUCUGAUUGCAGGCCAUAAUACAUGAUGGGCCUGCGCUUUCCCAACUAUGUUCUUUUUCAUGUGUUUAUUUAUUUUUUGAGAUGGAGUUUUGCUCUUCUUGCCCAGGCUGGAGUGCAACGGUGCAAUCUCGGCUAGCUGCAAUCUCCGCCUCCCAGGUUCAAGCGAUUCUCCUGCAUAAGCCUCCCAAGUAGCUGGGAUUACAGGCGUGUGCCACCACACCUGGCUAAUUUUUUGUAUUUAGUAGCGACGGGGUUUCACCAUGUUGGUUAGGCUGGUCUCGAACUCCUGACCUCAGGUGAUCACCCGCCUCGGCCUCCCAAAGUGCUGGGCCAACUAUGUUCUUGAGUAAGAACUCCUAAUGCCUGAUUGUUGUGUUUAUGAACAAACAAGGUGAAGGGUUCAGUGUAAUCUGGAAAUCCUAGAGCAACCAUAUCUGUGGCUUUCCAUCCUGGUUUAUAUUUCUUAAUUAGACUGUGAAGUUCUGAAUGAAGUCCUUUUUAAAUAGAGCAGUUAAUGUCAUUUCUGUCUCUGCAGGUUUCACAAGUAGUGUUUCUAAAUGAGCUCUAUAAUCUGAAACUGGUUCAUCUUUUGCCCACAAGAUUAUGUGAUUGACCAAUCAAUUUUUUUGUGGAAAAGUCUUAGGGAUUGAAUUUAAAAGAUUUUCGGCAAUUCUUCUAGUUCCUUUUGGCCCUCCUCUUGGGGUUUUGGAGUGGUCUUUAAUAUCCUCAGGCUGUUUCCAUUCUACUCCUGCCGUCAAUGUCAAUCUUCGAGCUUACCAGGUCCCAGUAUCAUGUGAAUAAACUGGUAAAGAUUAGAGGCCUGGAUCAUAAGCUCCUAUGAGGAUUCUCAGUUUCCCAGUACAUUUUUGAGUAUUUUCUCUUGGAUUAGUUAAGUCUUUAUGAUGGCUCUAAGCUCAGCUUUAGACAAUGGAGUAAAAGUGGUUACAGCAGGCAGGGCCGGUUGACUAGAGAGUCUCACUUUGCAAGGCAUUUAUCCAACUUCCCCUCUUUCAUUAGCCUCAAGGAGAAAAGGUGACUUCGCAAAAGGGUUACUAUACUCAGAGCAUCAAGGUAAAGAAGAGAAAGAGAAGGAGCAGUCGGGGUUAGUGUGCUGCAUGAGACUUUCAUUUGCAUUUUGUAAAGAAUCUUUUAGGCAAUUUUAGAUUUGUAUAGUCUUUUGGGUGCCUCUGCAGAGACCAAUUUAAAAUGCAUCCCAUUGUUUUUGUGGAGUUUUUGAUCCUUUCUAAUGUGUCCCACAAAUAAACAGUUUUAUUUAAAGUUUC